AUGAUCGCCGACGGAUUUGUGCAGAACGGGGCCAGAGUGUACAUCGCCUCGCGCAGACUCGAGGUCUGCCAGGAAGCCGCCAACGAGCUCAACGCCAAGGGACCCGGACUGCAAGUGGAUCUGACCAGUGAGGAGCAGUGCAAGGCCUUCGCCGACGAGAUCAUCAAGCGGGAGUCGCGUCUCGACGUGCUCGUCAACAACUCGGGCGGUGGAACUGACACCCCCGUGGACUGCACCCCAGCCUCUGCGUGGAGCGAGACUUUUGCCUUGAACGUGACGUCGGCCUACCUGCUCACGCGCUUCCUGCUGCCUCUGCUGGACGUGGCUGCCGAGUCCUCGGACCUGGCUCGUGUAAUCAACAUCGGGUCCGUUGGAGGCUUGAUGCCGCAGAAGCUCAACGGGAUGGUGUACGACGCGUCCAAGGCGGCGCUGCACCACCUGACCCGCAUUCUGGCGGCCAAGCUCGUUCGUCGCCCGAACGGAGGUCACAUCCUGGUGAACUCCAUCACGCCGGGCUACGUCCCGUCGAGACUGACGGAGGGAGUCGCCUACGUGACCGGAAAGCCCUUCGAGCAGAUCAGCGACACGAUUCCUGUCGGGCGCAUGGGUCAGGACUCGGACAUGGCGGGACUCGCCAUCUUCUUGGCGUCCAAGGCGUCAGGGUGGAUUUCAGGCCAGGUCAUUACGGCCGAUGGAGGAAUGGUGAGCGCUGCGGAGACGGGUGUCGGCCCCUCGAAGCUGUAG